GUCCUGAUGUCACGUGUCGCCGCGCGUCGGGACGCGUUCGAUUGACGAACUUGAAAAGAUAUAGUAAUGCGUACAGUUGAGGGCACUUACUAGACAAAGUCUAUGACUUUACCUAGAUACCUCUGAAAUUGUUCUAUUGAAUAUGACGUACUACGACGUGGACGCCAUCUUGACCGAUGCGCAGAAACUUCCCUGUACUUUUGAGCUGGAAGUACCUGGUCUAGGCAUUCUAGACGGUAACGCAGGUGAAAAUAUCAAAGCCGGCACCCGAGUAGAUCUGCCACUAUGGCUCGGAGAGAUGCUUUCUAUAGGCGCCCACCUAGGAACUUCGCGUCUCGUCACUCUUGACUUGCCCUCCGCGUUGUCAGAACGAGUGAUGAACGCGCUGAAAGCCGAUCCACGUACGGUUGAUUUGCGGACUCUAGCACCGCACUUUUACAGCCUGGGUGUACGGAUCCUGGAGCUCUUUGAAGAAGAGGAGAUGGUCGACAUCCUUACAGAUACAUUCAAGAAACGCGCCGCAGAAAUCGCAGACCACGCGCAUAACCCGCGGGGAGCGCUUGGUGAAGGAGCUGAAUUUCUUAGGGGUUUGGAUGAGACUGAACGACAAUUAUUCCGCAUUGCUCACGACAGUGCAAAGGAGAUGCGAGUAUGGUCUGGAGAAGCCAAGAAGAGAUGACGAUGAAAUGGACUGAAUUGGCUACUUAUUGGUAUAUCGGUAGGUUUGAGCCGGACUCGCACCGAAUACGCUACGCAGAUAAGAUACGGACGGACA